AUCAAAAGCAGUAACACAGGAGAAUAAGAGUGUCUGCAUCUCUACUAACAACUGUAAAAGAUAAAACGAAGCAAGUGGAUGUGAAGGAGGGAGAAUCUGUCACUCUAAAGCCUGAUGCUGUAAUUCAGGGAGACGAUCAGAUACUGUGGAUGUUUGGACCCGAAGAGACUCUUAUCACUGAAGUCAAUACCAGAGAGAUCUCCAGAGGUGAUGAUGCUGAUGGAAGAUUCAGAGACAGACUGAUGCUGGACUCUACAACUGGAUCAUUAAAGAUCACAAACACAGCAAGCGAACAUGUUGGGGUCUAUAAACUGAAGAUCAUCAGCAGCACUGGGACUUCAUACCAAACAUUCAUUCUUACUUUCAUACAUAAAACGAAGCAAGUGGAUAUGAAGAAGGGAGAAUCUGUCACUCUAAAGCCUGAUGCUGUAAUUCAGAGAGACGAUCAGAUACUGUGGAUGUUUGGACCGCAAGAGAUUCUUAUCGCUGAAGUCAGUACCAGAGAGAUCUGCACAGGUGAUUGUGCUGAUGGGAGAUUCAGAGACAGACUGAUGCUGGACUCUACGACUGGAUCAGUAACAAUAAGAAACACAGCAAGUGAACAUGUUGGAGUCUAUAAACUGAAGAUUAUCAGCAGCACUGGGACCUCAUACCAAACAUUCAUUCUUACUCUCACAUAUGAAACAAAGAUGAUGUUGGUGAGGAAGGGAGAAUCUAUCACUCUAAAGCCUGAUGCUGCAAUUCAAAGAGACAAUCAGAUACUGUGGAUGUUUGGACCUGAAGAGAUUCUUAUCAAUAAAGUCAAUACCAGAGAGAUCUCCAGAGGUGAUUGUGCUGAUGGGAGAUUCAGAGACCGACUGAUGCUGGACUCUACGACUGGAUCAUUAAAGAUCACAAACACAGCAAGUGAACAUGUUGGAGUCUAUAAACUGAAGAUCAUCAGCAGCACUGGGACCUCAUUUCAAAAAUUCCUUCUUACUCUCAUAUAUGAAGAGAAGAUAAUGUCUGUGAAGGAGGGAAAAUCUGUCACUUUAAAGCCUGAUGCUGUAAUUCAGAAAGACGAUCGGAUACUGUGGGAGUUUGGACCACAAGAGACUCUUAUUGCUGGAGUCAAUGGAAAUACCAGAGAGAUCUCCACCGGUGAUAGUGCUGAUGGGAGGUUCAGAGACAGACUGAGGCUGGACUCUAUGACUGGAUCAGUAACAAUAAGAAACACAACAAGCAAACAUGUUGGGGUCUAUAAACUGAAGAUUAUCAGCAGCACAGGGACCUCAUACCAAAUCUUCAUUCUUACUCUCAUAUAUGAAGCAAAGAUAAUGUCUGUGAAGGAGGGAGAAUCUGUCAUUCUACAGCCUGAUGCUGUAAUUCAGAGAGACGAUCAGAUACUGUGGACAUUUGGACCACAAGAGACUCUUAUCAAUAAAGUCAAUACCAGAGAGAUCUCCACAGGUGAUGGUGCUGAUGGAAGAUUCACAGACAGACUGAAACUGGACUCUACGACAGGAUCAUUAAAGAUCACAAAUGCAGCAAGCGAAUAUGUUGGGGUCUAUAAACUGAAGAUCAUCAGCAGCACUGGCACCUCAUACCAAACAUUCAUUUUUACUCUCAUACAGGAUGUGAUGUCAGUGACCGAGGGAAAUUCUGUCACUUUAGACACUGACACUGAAAUACAGAAAGGCGAUUUAAUCCUGUGGAUGUUUGGAGAUGAUAAUAGUCAGAGACAGAUAGCUAAAAUGGAAAAAGCCACAAAGACAUUCGACAGUCCUGAUGAGAGAUUUAAAAACAAACUGAACCUCGACAAGAAGACUGGAUCUCUGACCAUCACAGACAUUAAAAACAAUCACACAGGACUGUACAAACUACAGAUCAGCAACAGCAGCAGGGCAACCACAAGCAAGAACUUCAAAGUGCUGGUAAACUAUGAGAAAGUGUCAGUGACGGAGAAAGAUGCUGUGACGCUAAAGGUUCAUGUUAAAAUUGGUAAAAAAGAUGAGAUACAGUGGCUGUACGGAGAAGAUAAUGCUCUUAUAGCUGAAAUCAAAGGAAAGAGCAGAGAGAUCCACAAAUAUGAUGUUGGAGGUGGGAGAUUCAAAGACCGAUUGAUGGUUGAUGACAAGACUGGAUCUCUGACCAUCAAGAACACCAGACCUGAACACACUGGACUUUAUACACUACUGAUCAACAGCAGCAAAUGGCGCUCCUACAAACACUUCUUAAUUUUUGUUAGAGCGAGUAUGAUUUUAGGAAAGCAGGGUAACAGCACCACUCUGAAUGUCAAUGCUGAAUUACAAAGAGAUGAUCUGAUCCUGUGGAUGUUUGGAGACGAAGACAACCUCAUAGCUCAAAUGAAUGGAGAAACCACAGAGACCACAUUUACUAAAACUGACGAAAGAUUCAGGAACAAACUGCUGCUGGACAGGAUGACUGGAUCUCUGACCAUCAGAGACAUCACAAGCGAACACUCCGGAGCUUAUAAACUACACAUCAGCAGCAGCAACAAGCCCAUCUACAGCUCAUUCAGAGUCUUUGUUGUCUGUGAUGGCGGGAGAAAGCUUAAUUUUGAUCACUAAUUUUAAUGUAGAGCGAGAUGAGAAGCUGCACUGGACAUUUGAAGGUGUGAUGCUAGCAUCUGGAAUGAACAGAGACGUCAGUAAGACUGCAUACAGGGAUGAUGAGAGAUUCAGAGGCAGGCUGGAGCUGCACCAUCAAAGCGCAUCUCUGACCGUGAAAAACACCAGAAGCAGCGACUCUGGAGUUUAUCAGCUGAAGAUCUACAAUGGACGCGAGAAGAACAUUUGCUUGGAUGUCAAUGUUACCGUUUCUGAUGCCACCAGAAAUGGACCGAACGAAUCAGCAGUUAAAACGACGCCGUUGCCGAACGGAGCAGUUUCUCAAAGAAUGAAGGAACAGCAGGGGACAAGCUCAGUUUAAAGAGAUAAGACAGCCACCAGUGUAAAGGUUUAGCAUCUUUUAUGGGCCUAUAGAAACUGCCCAAUGAAAUAACGUGUGGUGUUAAGCAGUUUAUUAAAUUUUGGAUAUUUUGUGACUACUAAGUUAUUACAAUUGUUAGCUUAACUGUAAUCACAAAUUCUGCUGUUGAUUAUUAAUCAUUUUAUUUGAAAUCUCUCAACAUAAAAAAACAAUGGGCUCUAUUUAAACAAUCCAAUCACAUGCUCUCAAGCGCACAGCGCAAAUGCACUGAAAGUAUGUCUGAAUCCACUUUUGCUAUUUUAAGGAUGGGAAAAAUGGGUGGUGUACCCAGCGCAUUGUCUGAAACGGUUGUCCUUAUUCUCUUAUGCCGAGUUCAGACUGCUUGGUUUUAGCCAUGAUAUUUGAUUGGGCAACAGGUUUUGAGAAAAAUUGCAGACAAAUGCCUAAAAUCAGUGCAUAUCGGUGCUCGUCCAUGUGAGUAACAAUCACACAGUGUUAACUAUCAAAGAUGCGAUCUGAAAGCAUUGCUGAUGAGUCGCUGACACCCGUAGGAUAGUUGGCGAAACAAAAUCCUGUCGUGUGAAAUUGUUCUGAUUGAAAAUAACAUCGCAGAUUACCUACAGCCAAUGAGACAGCAGCAUCCACUAGUUUGAGUUAUCUGUAGGCCAGUUGGAGGUUGGUGGAGAAGUUAAAAGCACUUAUUUUGGUCUAUUUGAAGCCAAGAAGUGGAGGUAAAACUAGUGAAAAUUUGGCAGGAGCACCCGUGUCUGUUUGACAUGGCAUUUGAGCAAUUCCACAACCAGGUCGAAAAAAGUUUAAGAGACAUUGCUAAUUCCCUUCUAAACCAAAGUGAGCAAAAUAGGCACAUUUUCCACCCCACUAAAGGCUUCUUUCUCAUUAUGUAGUUAACUACAAAAGAUAUACUACAUGACCUUGUGUUGGUCAUAUGACUUCUUGCGUGUUUGGUUGUCCAAUGUGUUUGGAAGACAGAGACAAAGUUAUCUGCGAUUCUCCUUUUGUAAAGUCAUGCAAUGUGAAACCUCCUGUUGCAGAUGCCUCUAGUAGUGUAAACACAUCAGUGAGAGAACGCUACCCCAGAUAGUCAUGCAGUGUGAAAACAUCUGUGAUGUGACUGCUUAAACAAAUUGUGCAGUCUGAACUCUGCAUUAUGGUUGAGUUUUGGCCGUAGAAUGCCUUAUAAUAACCAUGUGUGUAAUAAAUAAUUUAUGCAGUGAUAUGAACAUGCAUAUUACCAACAUGGUCAUUCUAAAACGCCUUAACCAUCUCAGUAUUAGUGUAAUUAUAUUGUUAAUGACUUCCAGAAUUAAGAGUGUCUGUUAGGUUGGUCAGCUAAGACCCCCUCUCACGCCUUCAAACAUAACCUCGCGUUUACGGCUUGUCAGGAUUGCAAUCUAAGGCCCAAAUCAUUUAUUAAAUGAAGAAAAGAUUCAUGCAGCUUCUCCUACUGCAGCAAAUUCUGUUUUUACUUUUGAUAUUUGGCGCCAGAUUAUUAGGAAGUGAUGAUUUUGUUGUCUUUGACUCUUCGGAUGGUAACGCUGCUUUUGUUCGCACGUCUUUUAUGCGAUAAUCCAGUUUUGUUCAUAAAAGUUUUUCAAUUUUUUGGAUAGAAACAUAGCUAAUGGCGAUAUUUUUGUUGACUCAAAAUAGAGCAGGAUGUGAAAAUCUUUAAUCUGGAUCAAAUUGGUCCACAUUUGGAAAUGCCAGGUUUUGCCAUCCAUGAUUAACUGAACAAUCUGACUUUUAUGACAGUUUUUAAAGAAUAAAUAUUUAAAAACAUUGGAUUGUACUGUGAUCCUAAUACCAAAUUUCAGGAUUACCAAAUCCCGUUUACCAGAGCCUUAAAUGCAACCAACAGCUUAGCAAAGAACAACAGGUAGGCAAAAUACCAGCGGCCACAAACAGCCAUUGAUUGUUUUAAUGGUAAGAAACAGAAACACAGCAACCAACAAACAUUUUACAUGUUUUAGUUUGUUCUAAUACAAUACUGCUUAGAUAUUGUUUUGUUGUUGUUUACCAGAUCUCAUUAAAAAUGACAUGCUUCAAAUAGGCUUCAAAUAUGAAGGAAUUUAUAUAUCAUCAGUAACCAUUCAAUUUGUGAUCAUUCACUUAAAUACAUUUUUCAUCUACUAAAUCUAUCUAAAAAAACUGAAUCCACCCUUCUGAUGGGAUCCGGAUAAUCCUGUUAUUUUGGAUCAAAUAGGUCCAAAUCUGAGUUCAAAGUUUUGAAUUGCAUAAAUAGUAUGUCUGGAUAGAUAGAUAGAUAGAUAGAUAGAUAGAUAGAUAGAUAGAUAGAUAGAUAGAUAGAUAGAUAGAUAGAUAGAUAGAUAGAUAGAUAGAUAGAUAGAUAGAUAGAUAGAUACAUAGAUACAUACAUAGAUAGCAUACUUUUUCAACUUAUGAAUUUUACAUUUGACAAACAGUUGCACUUGAAUGUAAACAUAUGCAAGAAAUAUGGUAUCACUCCUUUGUUUUGGUACUGUUUACCUUCCAGUAUUAAUUCUGAAUAAAGCUAAAACUUAAAUUUUUACUGUCAAUGCAUUGAGAUUGCUGUUUUUAAUUGCUAUUUUAGCCUAAUGAAGUUACUUUUCAGAGAGAAAUUACAAAAGUAAAAAAUCUGUUCUGUAAUUUGUGUGUGUUUGUGGUUUACUCAGUGUGGAUAAGUUUAUGAAUGUUAUGGAUAUCAUUUAUGAAAGUCUAAGUUCUCCAAGUGUCCUUUUUAGGAAGUCAUUUAAAUAUACCUUUAACGUGUGUGGUUCCAAAUUCAACCACAAGAGGGAGCUAAACUGAUCAGUCAGAAGCUAAAUAUGAAAUUAUGUUUGCAUUUUUAAUGUUGUUAUCUUAUACUUCUAAAUAUUCUAAACUAUUUUCAUCGCAGAAUGUUAACAAUAGACAUAGUUCUUUGGUUGGCUUGUUCUGAAGGAAUGGUUUUGUCAUUGUGCAUCAUUAUUUGCUUUGUCCUUUUUUUUCAUUGUACACUGUUGUUUAUUUGGCAAAUAAAAGUAACAAAGAUAAUCUUA